AUGGAGUUGGCUCAGAAACCUAAGACAGAACAGAAGAAGAAGAAAUGGCGUGCGCUCCUCCGUCGUCGUCGUCCCAAAGUGAAGGUGGUGAAGCAGAUUCGCAGCCACGAGGUUGCAAUUGCAGAGCUCAAUGCUCUUUCACCGUCCCGGACAGUGUAUCAGAAGAAUGGGAACUUACUUUUCCGUACAACAAUCCAGAAAGCAUUAGCAUCUGAACAGAAACAACUAGAUUUGGCUAAAGCAAUCCUAGGAAAGUUGAAUACAUACGGCUUGAACUACGUUGAUGCUUCUGCAGCCGUCUAAGGAUACAUAGCGGGUGCAUUUCUUGGUGCAUAGAAUCCUGCUUUCUGAGAGUUGUGGACAUUUGCUUUCUAUUCUUUUCUCUGAGGCGCCUAAGCUUGGAAGCUCAUAAAGAUAAUUUGUAUGCUUUUCAUCCCUAUUAUACAUUAGAAAGGAAUAAAAUUAUAAGAAUGUUUCUGAAUUCCAUCUCCAUUCACAUUUUAGCAGUAAUAUUUAUUUAUAUUAGGGUUAAAAUAAAUAAGGUUUACAUUGGUUAGAGUUUUGGGAUCUAAUGGUAAGGAAGUUUCUGCCGAUGUUGGUUUGUUUUGGCAUGACAUUCCUGUACCCUUGUUUAUACACCUCAUAUGGAGUACUACCCAAUUCUUAUUAAGGACUGGUGCAGUUAGCUGAUUGACUUCUCAUCUGAUAUGUCAAUAAAUCUCAUCAAUUAGUCCUGCUGGAAGAGUCCACUUUUAUGGAUCGAGAAAACUGGUGCAGAU